AUUUCAUUUGUCGUCUGUGGUUGCACAUGUUGUUUUGAAUUUUGAUUUUGGUUAACCAAUUUUUGCUUUUAAUAUUUCCAAUUUUUGUUGUAAACUGUAAAAUAUACUUAAUACACAAUGGGAAAAAAGAACAAGGACUCACUAGGUCGAGCGCUCAUUAAAGAUAGAUUUGCUAAAAAUCGCCAUCGAAGACAUGUCGAAGAUAAUACUAUGCUGCACACUACUGAAAUAAAUGACGGAUAUGAAUGGGGACGUCUAAAUUUACAAUCAGUCACAGCUGAGUCAUCUCUUCAAGAGUUCCUCUCCACAGCUGAGUUAGCCAACCGAGAGUUUAUAGCUGAGAAACUGAAUGUUAAGUAUGUCAAGUCAGCACCAUGUGAAGUGGAGUUAGUUACGUCUCAGCCAGAUUUUGAUGAACCUCUCACUGUGCCAAGAAGGCCACCAUGGAAACCAGGAAUAACAGCUGAAGAGCAGUUGACAAGAGAAAGAGAUGCCUUCUUAGAUUGGAGGCGACAUUUGAAUGAACUUCAAGCAAAGCUCGGUGCUGCUGUCACUCCUUAUGAGAGAAAUCUGGAACUCUGGAAACAGUUGUGGAGGACUUUGGAAAAGUCUGAUGUUGUAUUGCUGUUGUUAGAUGCUAGAAAUCCGUUAUUGUUCAGGUGUGCUGACUUGGAAAAAUAUGCAGCAGAGCAAAACUGCAAGUGUAUAUUGCUACUCAACAAGGCAGAUUUGACUACUGAAUAUGUACGCAAGUGUUGGGCUGACUACUUCAAUAAACAGAACAUUUCCAUAAUAUUCUUUUCUGCUGCAAAGGAUACUGUGAGCAAAGAAAGAAAGAUAUCAGAAGAUCAUGAAUCUUCAAUAUCUGAGGAACUUUUAGAUUCAGGAGCAGAAACAGGUGCGUCUGAUGAUGAAAGUGACACGGAAAAUCCAAAUGCCUUAAAUGAAACGCAAGAUGACAUAGAAAUGUUCAAAAAACAAAUAGGUGAUCUUAAUGAAGCUGUAAAUAAUACUGCAAAUAAAAUUGAUGCAAUACAAGAGGCAUUAGACAAAGUGAUAGAAAACUUGAAAUCAGGGAAACCAAUAGAACCAUUUCAAACUAAUAAAGAUAAAGUAGAAAACGAAAUUUUAAUUGAAAAUACAGUAACAGAAAAUUCAGCUGAAAGUGAAAAUACAGAUGAAAAUAUACAAGAAAACAAAGUAACAGUACAAAAUUCACAUGAAAUAUAUGAUCGAGACAAGUUGUUGCAAGUACUCAAAGAACAGAAAUUUGGUAAAAUCAAAAACCCUCCCCGAGUGACUGUGGGGAUGAUUGGGUAUCCUAAUGUUGGGAAAUCAAGUUCUGUCAAUAUUUUAAUGCAAACUAAAAAGGUUAGUGUAAGUUCCAUGCCAGGUCACACACGGCACAUCCAGUCGCUGAUUUUAGAUGAAGAUAUAGAAUUACUGGAUUGCCCUGGACUGGUGUUACCUGCAUAUGCAGUGGCUCCUGAUUUACUUUUGACAGCUGUCCUGCCUAUUGACCAGAUGCGUGCCCACGAUGCUGCAAUGGCAAGGCUCUGCGAGUUGGUGGGACGCCAUACUUUUGAAAAGAAAUACGGUUUAUUGUUACCGGAGUAUGAUGGCAGCGAGCUUGAAUAUAAGAAAAUACUGACUGCCCAUGCGUUCAACCGAGGCUUCAUGACGGCAGCGGGUCAGCCCGACCAGUCCCGGUCAGCCCGGCAGUUCCUGAAGGACGCGGCGACGGGACGCCUGCAGUGGGAGCAGCUCCCGCCGGGAUGUGAACCCGCACCCGUCGACCAGCUCAUAGCAGAGAAAAAGAAUGAUACCAGGAAACCCACCCCGAGGGAGGCUCGUGCUGUGGAGGGUUGGUUGAACAAGUCCAAGGAAAUUGACAGCACAUUUUUCGCAAUGAAUAAAAGUACAGCGCACGUCAAAGGAAAACCAAUGUUUGGAAUAACGGGCGUGCCGCAAACGGAAAACUCAGCUACCGGAAAACCUUGGAAACAGGAAAAGAAACACGCCAACAAAAACAAAAGAGAAAAGCUUAGACGAGUGUACGCUCAUCUGGAUGAACACUAACAUUAUUUUUAUGUGUAAAGUGUAAAUAUAAAGUUUAUAAAAUCUAUGGCGAACGUUUCAUUUGAAGCAUAAAUUAAUUCAUAUUAUGCUGAUUAUCAGUCUAACAAGAAACGUCCCGAAAAAGAAAUCAAAAUAUACAAAAAAAGUCACUAUUGUUAAAGUCCGGUCGCUCAGAGAUAGCGUUUCUGACAGGUCUUGAGGGAGCUCUUUACACGACGAAAACGAUUACAACAAUGAGACAUCGAUUCUAUAGAAUCAGUUUUUGCGUUAGAUCGUUGAUCUUAAACUUUGACAGAGGGGUAACCUCUAGCGUGGCAGGUCCUUAUAUAAUAACUAGCGGACGCCCGCGACUUCGUCCGCGUAAAUUUCGAUGUCAACUUUACUACUACCCCUACCCUACCCUACCCCUACCCUACCACUACCCCAACCCUACCCAACCCCUACAUCUACCCUACCCCUACCCUACCCCAAACCUACUCCUACUCUACCCCUAUCUUACCUACACCCUACCCCAAUCCUACCCCUAUCCCACCCGUACCCCUAUCUCACGCCUAUCCUACCCCUACCCUACCACUUCCCUAUCCUACCCGUACCUCUACCCUACCACUACCCUACCUCUACCCCUACCCUACCACUACCCUAAACCCCGCCCUAAACCUACCCUACCCCUACACUACCCCUACACUUCCCUACCCGUACCCUACCCUACCCUGUAACUUCUCUAUCUUACUCCUACCCUUAGCAAAAUCGGUCCAGUCCUUCGAGAGUGGUGGUAUGACCAAGAGAAAUAGAGACUUCUAUGCUAAUAAUAUAAAGAGGUAAAGUUCGUGUGGUUGUAGGAGGUAAUCUCUGGAUCUACUGGACCGAUUUGGAAAAUUGUUUUACCAAUAGAAAGCUACGUUAUUUGCGAGUGUCAUAGGCUAUGUUUUAUCCCCAUAUUCACACGGGAACGGGAACUACGUAAAUGAAAGCGCCGGGCGUCAUAUAGCGAAAUUACUGCGCCUUUAAGAAAUUUUGUAUUAUCUCCGAAACUAUUUAAGUAAUUAACAUUCUGUAAGCGGCAAAUCUUAUCUCCAUAAUAUCCUUGUGAUUAUUAAAUAAUUUAUUUUAAUAAGGAUUAAAGUUUAGUUGUAUAAAUAAUGACGUAAACCUAAGUAUAUAAAAUUAAUAAUUUUUAAAACACAAAAGGUACUAUAUCUGCUAAUAUAUAGAAGAUAGAUAUAUGGUGUCGCGGACUUUUUUGUAGAACUUUUAAGGAUACAUAAAGCCUCCAUACAUUAUUUACAAUUUUACACAAUAGUUAAGGCAGCGCAUGCGAAUAAGUCUGUUUAAGAGGAUUUUCAGUCCGACCUGUAUGAUAAAAACUGUGAUAACUCGGCUAAUAUAUAUGAUACCAAUAUAAAAUAUAGCCUAUAGCACUCCCCGAUAAUGUAGCAUUCUACUGGUGAAAAAAUCGGACCAGUAGUUCCGAAGAUUACCCCAUUUAAAAAAUGUGACAAACUUACAAACUUACAAACUUUACCUCUUUAUAAUAUUAGUAUAGAGUAUAGAUUGGUCUGAUGAAACCGGGACAGAUAAGUUUGUUGCACUAUCAUGUAUUGUCUAUAUCAGGGUUUCUCAAAGUGGGGUACGCGAACCCCUAGAGGUCCGCCAUUCGACGGCAGGGGGUUUACAAAAUGGUGGCUUGAUAACUGAUACCGAGUCAGAAGUGGGAAUUAAGGUUAAAAUUGUCCAAAAUAACUCCUAACAUUGAAUCCAUUUGCGACAAGAAACAAGCACACCCAUCACAUUAAUAUUACAAAGAAGUUUCUUUUGAUACUAUAUUUGUUAACUUAAUAAAAACCUUCUUGGGGGGGAGGGGGGUUCAUUAGUAAGUAAGGGGUUCGCUGUCACUUGGAAAUUCUAACAAGAAUUCAAUUCUAACAAUUCUUCGUGGUGCCGAAAGUUUGAGAAACCCUGGUCUAUAUGGAUUAAGUCAAUGCUUUACACCAAUUUUGUCUAUGGGCGUAAAGGCGUAGAGGUGUCAUUUUAUUAAAGUUUGGCAACAUUAUGUUACGAUUUAAUGUUACCGAUUGUAUUAGGGAAAGCUUUUAAUACAUGAUAUUUCUGAGUUAAUAAUAUUUCGAGCAUGUAUUUAUUAACGUAAUGUAUUGAACUGUAACUCGGGAAUUUCUUUGAAUGUCCGCCAAAAAGCAACUAGCUCAUUAUUUUUUCACAUUCUGUAUUGUUUAUGAAACUGUAAAGGGAAUCAAAAUAUAAUAAACUUCAUAUCUUUA